AUGAUUGAAGAAUUUGCUCCAGCUGCGCUUAUAGGAUUCGUCCUUUCUGGACUUGUUAUUUUUCUAGGGCUAGCCCAGGGACCCCGUCGCAAAGCACUGGCAACUGGACUAACAUCGACGCCGUUCGAAAUCCGCGACCGCGCUGCCGUAACACCUCGUCUACCGCUGGGCCGCCACGGACACCUGGCCCCGAAGGUCUCCCACGUCUAA